UGGUCGUCGUGCGACAAUGUGUGCAAAACGUGUGAAAGGAGAAGAGUGCGAGGAUGAACUUUGUGCACCAAAAGAGGAGAACGAGCGACAACUUGCAGUUUGCAAGCAGCCUCGAGUUGUCUUACAAAAAGCAGACGUUAGUGAGGGAGAUUUUCCUGAGCAGCAGGAGCCCGAGUGCCGCCGCCACAUUAAAGAGGAGGAGGAGAAGGAGCCAGAUCCUCCUCAUAUUAAAGAAGAAGAGCAGUUGGAUGAAAUCACUGAGUUUCCAUUGACUGGUGUCGUUCUGAAGAGUGAAGAUGAUGACGAAGAAGAAGGUGAUGGUGACCACAGUGGUGGAUCACAAGCAGACGGCCUCUUAGCUCCACUAUCCGACGGUGACGACAUAACGUCACACUCUUCUGAUGAUGAUGACGAUGAUGAAGAAAAGCACUUUAAAGGAGAUGUAACAUGGCACCCUGACAACAAAUGUUCUCACGGUGACAAAACGUUUUUCAACAACUCAUCGCUGAAAGGAAAUGAGAGCACACUCACUGGCGAAAAACCUUUUGCUUGUUCGGUUUGUGGUAAAACGUUCAACAGAAAGACAACUUUAGCAACGCACACAAGGACACACACAGGAGAAAAACCUUUUGCCUGCUCAGUUUGUGGUAAAAGAUUCUCUGACAAGACAAAUUUAACAACGCACACAAGGACACACACUGGGGAGAAACGUUUUGCCUGCACAACUUGUGGUCAAAGAUUCUCUUCAAAGACUAAUUUAACAGGACACACGAGAACGCACACUGGAGAAAAACCUUUUGCCUGCUCAGUUUGUGGCCAACGGUUUACUCAGAAGGGAGAUUUAAAAAUACACCACAGAACACAUACUGGGGAAAAACCUUUUGCCUGCUCAGUUUGCGGUAAACAGUUUGCUAAAAAGACAAAUUUAACAACACACACAAUGAUACACACUGGUGAGAAACCAUUCAGUUGCAGUGUGUGUAAUAAAGGUUUCCAUAUCAAUUAUGAGCUUAAGAGACACAAGUGUGCCGGUGAGAAGAGAAGCUGUCGAUGAAGCUGCAGAAUAAACAGAAGAAAACUGA